CCCACUCCCCCAGUUCCUAGAAAACAAGUGUAUUUCUAUAAUACAUUUGUGCAACGUGCAGUUGCAUGCAGCGUGUGUUAGGGGGAGCGGACUCUGCGGGUUGUGCGCCUGUAUCGCACAGUAACCCAGCCUCGCGGAACCGCUGCGAGUACCUGGGGAAAACCCCAGGGCCUGGCGUUCAAAGAUGGAUUCCUUCACGAAGCACUAGACGAGAUGUCAACUCCUCAAACAACUCCGCAAACUCUGCGCACAGCAACGCAAAUGAAAAAGAGAGACAUGAUGCGAUCUUUAGGAAAGUGAGAGGUAUCUUAAACAAACUCGCCCCUGAGAAGUUUGACAAGCUAUGCCUUGAGCUCCUAAAUGUGGGUGUAGAUUCCAAGCUAAUCCUCAAAGGAGUCAUACUGCUUAUUGUAGACAAAGCCCUUGAAGAGCCCAAGUACAGCUCACUAUAUGCUCAGCUAUGUUUGCGAUUAGCAGAGGAUGCACCAAACUUUGAUGGCCCAUCAGAGGGUUCAGCAGGACAGAAGCAAAGCACAACAUUUAGGCGCCUCCUAAUUACAAAACUUCAAGAUGAAUUUGAAAAUCGAUCCAGAAAUGUCGAAGUUUAUGACAAGCGGGACAGUCCCCUUCUUCCUGAGGAGGAGGAACAGAGAGCCAUUGCAAAGCUCAAGAUGUUGGGAAACAUUAAAUUUAUCGGGGAGCUUGGCAAACUUGAUCUUAUUCAUGAAUCUAUCCUUCAUAAGUGUCAUAAAUAAGCUUUUGAAAAGAAAAAGAGAAUCCAGCUUAAAGACAUGGGGGCCAGCAUCUUGGAGUGUCUCUGUCAGAUAAUGAGAACUGCUGGACCUAGAUUAGACCACGAAAAGCUAAGGUAUUCCUUAAUGGAUCAGUACUUUGCCCGUAUGAACGCCUUGAAGCCAAGUAAGGAAUUGCCGGCAAGGAUUCGUUUCCUGCUGCAAGAUACUGUGGAGUUGCGAGAAAACCGUUGGGUUCCUCGUAAAGCUUUUAAUGACAAUGGACCAAAGACUAUCAAUCAAAUCCGCCAAGAUGCAGUGAAGGAUCUAGGAGUCUUUAUUCCUGCUCCUAUGUCUCAAGGAAUGCGUACAGAUUUCUUUUUGGAGGGGCCAUUUAUGCCACCAAGAAUGAAGCUUGACAGGGACCCACUUGGAGGGCUUGCUGAUAUGUUUCGACAAAUGCCAGGUAGUGGCAUUGGUACUGGUCCAGGGGUUAUUCAAGACAGGUUUUCACCAACAAUGGGACGUCAUCGUUCAAAUCAGUUAUUUAAUGGCCAUGGGGGGCAUAUCAUUCCUCCUGUUCCGUCCCAGUUUGGUGAAAUUGGAGGCAAAUCUUUCAUGAAAAACCAGGGACCAGGCCAGCUUUACCAGAGUCAAGGACUCUUAUCACAGCAAGGGCAGUCUAAGGAUAUGCCACCUCGUUUUAUCAAAAAAGGACAGCUUAAUGCAGAUGAGAUCAGCCUUAGACCUGCCCAGUCUUUCCUUAUGAAUAAAAAUCAAGUGCCAAAGCUUCAACCACAGAUGACAAUGAUACCGCCUCGUACUCAGACACCACCAAUGGGGCAGACACCUCAGCUUGGACUGAAAACCAAUCCACCACCAAUUCAAGAGAAGCCUGCAAAAAGUGUUAAGAAACCACCACCCUCGAAGGAAGAGCUACUAAAACUUACUGAAGCCUUUGUGACAGAUUACUUGAAUAAUGGAAAUGCAGCAGAUGCCAUCAAUAGUGUGAAGGAAAUGAGAGCUCCAAAACAUUAUAUUCCAGAAAUGAUAAGCAAAAUAGUCCUGCAGUCACUAGAUCGGUCAGAUGAAGACAAAGAGAAGGCCAGUGCAUUGAUUGGAAUACUACGACAGGAAGGAAUAGCCACUAGUGACAACUUCAUGCAGGCUUUCUUGAAUGUGUUGGACCAGUGCCCUAAAUUGGAGGUGGACAUACCUUUGGUAAAAUCAUACCUGGCACAAUUUGCUGCCCGUGCCAUAAUUGCUGACCUUGUGAGCAUUUCUGAACUGGCUCAGCCUCUAGAAAAUGGUACCCAUUUUCCUCUCUUUCUGCUAUGCCUUCAGCAGUUGGCGAAGCUUAAAGACAAAGAAUGGUUGACUGACCUUUUCCAGCAAAGCAAAGUUAAUAUGCAGAAAAUGUUACCAGAAAUUGAUCAAAAUAAGGACCGAAUGCUGGAGAUUUUGGAUGGAAAGGGGCUCAGUUUCUUAUUUCCCCUUAUGAAACUGGAGAAGGAGUUAUUGAAACAAAUAAAAACAGACCCAUCUCCACAAACUAUAUAUAAGUGGAUUAAGGAUAACAUCUCUCCUAAACUACAUGUAGAUAAAGGAUUUGUGAAUAUUUUGAUGACCAGCUUUUUACAGUAUAUCUCUAAUGAGGUUUGUCCAGAAGAAGAAGAAAGUGAGCUUUUAGCUGCUCCUUCUAAGGAGCAGUUGGAGCAAGAGAAGCAGCUGCUUCUUUCCUUUAAGCCAGUAAUGCAGAAGUUCUUACAUGACCAUGUUGACCUGCAAGUUAGUGCACUAUAUGCACUUCAAGUGCACAGCUACAGCAAAAACUUUCCUAAAGGCAUGUUACUGCGCUUCUUUGUCCAUUUCUACGAUAUGGAAAUUCUAGAGGAAGAAGCGUUUUUGGCUUGGAAGGAAGAUAUUACACAAGAGUUUCCAGGAAAGGGAAAAGCUUUAUUCCAGGUGAACCAAUGGCUUACCUGGCUGGAAACUGCUGAAGAGGAGGAGUCCGAGGAAGAAGCAGAUUAAUGAACCAGCCAAAGCCUUAAUUUGUGCAAACGUACUGUUGCUAUGAUGUUACUGCAUUUGACCUAACCACUGCGAAAAUUCAUUCCGCUGUAACAUUUUCGCAAUAUUUCAAGCAGAGGCAUGUCAGUAGGAUUUCUUCUGCCUAAGGUUUUUAGUGUAAUGUCUUAAUCAUAGUCAGCCAUCCGAUAUUUUAGAAUACCUUAAAUGUUUAGAACAAUGUAUUAGCAGCAUGCAAUAAUUACAUCAUAUGUUCUCAAACAUAAAUGGUCUAUUGCAAGGACUUUGCUGCCUGGUAACAUAGGCUGUUAGGGGGGAAACUGAAUAGCAACACUGAAUACUGUAGAUGCACUUUUCUCAGUGUAAAACUUGAGUUGUUGCAAUAUUUGAUUAUCCAUUUGGGUGUUACAGAGAAUCCUUAACUGUAAUUGAUGGUUGUUACCGUAAUAGUAUAUUGCCUGUAUUUCUACCUCUAGUAAUGGGCUUUUUUUGUGCUAGGUUUUAAUAUCUUUGAGCCUUGGUGAGUGCACAAUUCUUUGAAAGAAAUAUGGUUUACUUGCACAAAAAAAUGAUCGGUUUUGAGCGAUUGAUAGAUGCCCUGAUAAGUGGUAUUGUGGGUGUGAAACUUUCAAAUGCUGAGAAACUGAAUUGGUCCUCCUUAUUAUAGUAUUGAAAUUACGUCUACUUAAUUUAUCAAGUCAUGUUCAUGCCCUGAUUUUAUAUACUUGUAUCAAUAAACAUUGUGAUACUU